AUGUGUGGCAUAUUUGCGUAUGUAAAUCAUCAGACUCCAAAAACACUCGAUGAAAUACUCAAAACUCUUCUGAACGGACUCGGACGACUGGAACUCAGAGGAUGCGACUCAGCUGGGGUGGCCUUCGAUCUGUACGAUGAUGAUGGAGACUGCGCCAUUGCCACCGCGAAAUGCCCCGGAAAGAUGCUUAUUCUUAAAUCAUCGGGAAAGGUGGAGGAGCUCAAGAGCCAGCUGAAAAAUAUUGAAGUCGACUUCGAGGAUGAGUAUUCUCAGCACAUCGGGAUUGCCCACACUCGCUGGGCCACGCACGGGCCAGUUUCGACGGUAAAUUCCCAUCCGCACACCUCCGGUGCCAAUAAUGAGUUUGUGGUCAUCCACAAUGGCGUCAUUUCCAACUGCGAGACCUUGAGGAAAUAUCUCGUCUCAAAAGGGUAUACCUUCGAGUCCGAUACUGAUACAGAAUGCAUUCCUCUCCUACUGCAUUACAUUUGGAAACAAAGCGAGGAGAAAGAAGAGCAAACUCUUGUGAAUCUUGUGGAAAAAGUCAUGACUCAGUUGGAAGGAACCUUUGCCAUCGUUGUCAAGUCAGCUGUAUUCCCCAAUCAGCUAGUCGCUGCUAGAAGAGGAAGCCCCCUUCUUCUCGGAGUAAAGUCUUCUUCUUCCGCCACCCUCGAUCACAUUCCAGUUUAUAAUCAACAAAUGAAGAGUGGCAACCGUGGCCAUCUUCUCAAAACGGGACAGCUUGCUGCUGGCAGCCGCAGCUAUAAAAAGCAAUGGAAAGAAGAAUGUCCUCCAACAACUAUUUCAAACGAGAACGCACCAUUUCCGGAUCUUCUUGUCAUUCCGUCGAUUCCAACGCCUCCGUAG